CAAGUUUUAUAUUAGAUUUAAAUUUGUACCGCAUGAUUUUGUUUUUUAAUUGUGUUUAUAAUUUAGUCGAACGUUAUGGAUUGCCCACCACUUGUGAAUUUAUUUAAUAAUCCUAAAAUAAUGUGGUAUCAAACGGAUACUACAAUUGUUAUUCGUAUUAUGUUACAAGAUGUAAAGGAUUAUUUUCUUAAAGUCGAAGUUGAUCAUUUACAAUUUAGCACCAUAUUAAACAACAAAGAAUAUUAUGUCAAUUUGUAUCUAUUUGGCAGUGUGGUACCAGAAAAAACGAUUCACGUUAAUUUGGAAAGAGAAAUUAAAAUCAUUCUUAUCAAGGCAUUUAAAUGGUUACCUUGGUUGAGAUUACAAUAUCAUAAAGAAAAAUCUCCUUAUAUUAUUCUCGAUACAGAACAUUUAUAUGAAACUAAUUAUAGUAUGGAUGAAAAUAGGCUUAUAAUGAUUGAUGAAAGCCCAAAGUUAGCUGAAAGUUUACGCAAGGAAAAUAUUCUGCCUGAGAUAGUUGAUGAUGAUAGUGAGUCUUCCGAUGGAUGGAUGGAUGAUAUAUUUUUAUAACACAUUUAUUUGCUAGUUAUAUAACAAAUUUUUAAUUAUUAUUUUUUUAAAUAUAACAUUAAUCACUUUAUAUUUGAAAAUGAUUUAUAAAGUAGAAUCCUAAUUUGUCGAUCUACAAUUUGGUUAGAACAAUUAAGUAAUAUUUCUAAGAGUAAAAAAUGUUCCUUCGUUUUUUUUUAAUAUUUUUAUUUUAUAAAAUUUUUGUUUUGUAUUACUUUCCCUUUUAUAGAUUUAAAUCAUUUUUCUACAAAAAACCUUUUUAUACAUAGUCCAUAUUUGUGUGAGUUACAGUGUGAAUUAAUAGCACAAUUUUUCUAUUACCUAUGUACGUGUAUUUAUUAAUGUACUAACUAUGCCGAUUGUGCCUUGUCUUUAGUGAUCUGAUAGGAACUAGUAUUUUAAUGUGGCUAAGUUGUUGAUAUUUUUAUGAAAUGUUUAUGUGAUAAUAAUUAUAUAAUAACGAAAGAGAAUCUCUGAAAUAACAGUAGGUGAAUUUUUUGUAAUAAAUAAUUUUAUUACUUAAGAUCAAGCGUAAAAUUAAAAGAACGUUCUUUAA